CAACCGUGUCGACGUCACUAGGUUGACGAUUGCGGAAGCAAGUGGCUGCUUUAGCAAACCAAAACACAAGGACUGUUUUCGUGUUAAAUGUCCAAGUAAUCCGAAAUAACCUCAGAUAUCGCUUUGACUCGGUCGGUGCAAGUCUCGUGUUGUGUCCCUGUGUUUGUCGUUGACGACUGGGAAGUAGCUGGAGAGCCGAGCGACUGAGAUGGAGGAUGCUGAUGGCAGCAGAGCCGAGUCUCCGGCUCAGUCACCAGCUGCCGGUGCAGCCAAAUCAAAGCUGGACACACUGGCCAAAGAUGACCUCAUCAAGUUUGCCAAAAAGCAGAUGGCUGCCAUGCAGAAGAUGAAGAGCAAGUGUUCAGAUUUGGAAAAAGAAGUUCAAUCCUUCAAAGAGCAAUCCAAAAAUGGCAGCAGCAGCAGUUCAGUUGACUCCACACUGAUACAGGAGCUGACCGAGAGGAUGGAUGCCUUACUGCUGGAGAAGGCAGAAGUUCAGCAGAGUCUUGCACUGUCUCGUAAAGACCUAGAGAUGACCAAGCAGAAAGCCAAGGAUGAUCUAGCAGUGCUGCAAGGAGAGCUGGACCAUGUGAUAGAAGACCAUCAGAAGAACAUCAACGCUCUCAAGAGCAGUAUCGAGGAAUGUAACAAUAAACACCAGGAGGAAGUGGCUUUUUUUCAGAAUUUACUGAAAGAACGAGAAGAGAGUGACAGGGAGAGGGAGAGUGAAAGGGAGAGGCAGCGACAAGCUGAACAGGCCAGUGCAAAAGAGAGUGUUGAUGAAGUUCGUCGCUGUUUAGAGGUCGAGCUGCAAACCCUUCGUGCUGAACUCGAAGCUAACCGGGAGCGAAAGACCCAGGACAUUGCUGAGUUUCAGGAGAGCCACCAAAGGGAGUUAACAAAGGCCCAGCAGGAGGUGGAGAACCUCAAGGAGGAGCUGGCUCAGAAGAGUCUGCAGCACGAGGAGGAAAUGAGGGCUCUGGAAGAGGAUUGCGAAAUGGAGAGGCACCGUCUCCUGUUGCUCCAUGAGGAGCUGACUGAGCAGCUCGCUUUGAAAGAUAGCUAUCUGCAGGAUGUGCAAGAGGAAGAGGAAGAACCUGCACGUGGUUCUGGGAUCGCCAAAAUGCUGGCGCUGUCUGGCUUAAAUCAGGGUGAGUCCAGCUUCGGUGAAGGAGAGGAGACAGAGAGCGGCAGGUUGACGGCAGCUCUGGAAGACCUUCAAGCCCAGAACACCAUGUUACAGGAUGAGCUCACUCUGCUCAGUAAUGUGAAGACUGAGAUGGAAGCUGAGUUGGAGAAGAUCAAAGAGGAGUUCCAGAUGGAGAGAGAAGAGCUGGAGUUCAAAAUCGAUGAGCUGCAGAUGAGCAGAGAAAAUACCUCCACUGACCCUGACAUGACCCCAAAUCCCAACAAACAACAGCUCCAAGAGGAAUCCAAAGAGUUAGGAGUAAAUCCAGAGGAGCAGCAGAGGCUCACUCAGGAGCUGAGGGACCAGUGUGAGACUUUGACCAGGGAAAGAGAUUCUGCCCUGGCUGAAUGUCAACACAUGAGGAACAUACUUCAAGGUGUAGAGACAGAAUUGGUGGAAAAAACAAAUGAUUUUGUUUGUCAGUAUGAAGCUAUGAAGGAACAGGGAGCUAAUAGUCUGCAAGAACUCCAAGGCAAGGUUGAAGAACUGAGCAAAGAGAAAGACACACUGUUAGUGAGGGUCAAAGAGGUUACAGAGGAGAACAACUCACUGUUGGAGAACAUGGCAAAACAGAAUGUGGAAGCUGAAGGUUCCCCGGGUGAAGACCAGAAGCUCCAGGCAUCUGUAGAGGACCAAAUGAGUUCUGUGUGUGAGCUCAAGCAAACCGUGGAGAAGCUAACCAGGCAGAAUGAGGAGAUCCUCUCACUAUUGCAGAUGAAUGAAAACAUGACCCAAGACCUGAGAGAGAUGCUCAGCACGCUGACUGAAGAGCGAGACAAACUGCAAUCGCAGCUCCAGUUACGAGAAGAGGAAAUGCAAAACGUGGGCAAUCAGAGAGCCAAAGAAUUCGAGAGGCUGUUGGACGAGAAAGAGAAGGAGUUGGAAGGCGUGAAACAGGAGAGGGAGGAUGAAGUGCAACACCUGAACAACGAGAGGGAAAAGAUAGAAUUAAGUCUGAAAGAGGAGAUGGAAAGAAUGCAGGCAACAGUUUCUGCUUUGCAGCUGACCAUAAAAGAGAUUGACAGAGAAAAGGCUGAUCUCCAUCAGAAACUGGAAGAGGCAUCAUCGGUGCUUACUAAAGCUCAGGACGAGAGGGAGCUCUUGGGCUCCCAGCUGACAGCCCUGGAGGCUCAGCUGGAGCAGGCGAUGUCUGAAAAGCAUCACCUAGAGGUGAAGUUGAACUCAGUGGCACAGGAGGCGGAGCAGGCCCACACCACCAUCGUAGCACUGGAAGAAAACAUGAAUGAAGCUCUCAAAAACUCCAUAGAGGAUGCAAAUGAGCUCCGAGCGCGUGUGGAUGAGCUGGGAAAGGAGAGGGAUCUUCUGAAGACAAGACUAGAGCAGGCUCAAGGGGAGAGAAUAGAGGAGGUUCAGGAGGAGGUCCAGGCCCACAUCAAUUGCCUGGAACAAGAGAGGAACCUGUUGAAAACCAACAUGGAGGAGUUGGUGAAGGAUAUUGAAGGCCUGCAAAAAGACCUGCUGGAUAUGAAGUCGGUCAAUGAGAAGAUUAGUGAAGAGAACCAAAAACUGCAGACUCAGAUCUCUCUGUUGGCGGACGAAAAGGAAGUGAAGGAGGAAGGGGAAAUUGAGAACAUGGAAAAGGAGAGAAGAGAAUACAGAGAACAGCUCACAGAGAAAGACUCGCUUGUAUCUCAGCUGAGGAGUGAAAUUGCUGCUCUUCAGGAGUCUGCUUCUCAGUCAGCUUUGUCUGAGGAAAAUGCUGCCAAUGAGAUUACGACAAAAAUGGCACUCCUGGAGAAAGGAAACAAAGAAAAGGACGAGAAGAUUCACAAAAUCAAGGCAGUUGCCGUCAAAGCAAAAAAGGAGCUCGACAUCAGUAAGAAAGAGAUUGCAUCCCUCAAUGGGGAAAUAGAAUCACUGAGAGCAGAGAGGGAGAAAGUGAACAGCUCUAUGAAAGAUAUUAUUCACGGUGCUGAAGGCUACAAGAAUCUGCAGAUAGAUUACGACAGGCAAACAGAGCAACUGGAUAAGGAGAAAGAGAAGGUGGAGGCAGCAGAGAGACAGAUUGCGGAGCUGGCCAAACGACUCAGCAGUGCUGUCGCACAGAAUGAGAUGCUGUGCAGUGAGAAAGAGGACCUGAUGGCUGGUAUGGAGACCGCUAGGACCACAGUGAGACAGCUGGAGGCCCAGAACCAAGAGCUGCAAAGACAGUCAGUCAAUCUCGACAGAGAACUGCUGGCUGAGAGAACUAUGAAAGAACAGAAGAUAAAGGACUUGUCAUCGGCUGUCAAGGAGGUAGAAGAGCUGACAGCCCAGCUCCACAAGCAGCAGCAGCAGUCUCAGCAGACUGCUCAGCAGCUGGAGCAGCUACGCAAGGAGGCGCAGCAGAACUCACUGCUAGACAUGGAGAUGGCCGACUACGAGCGACUGGUGAAGGAACUCAACACCAAAAUCUCAGAGAAAGAUGAAAUAGCUGAGGAGCUGAAGGCCCAGAUGAACACGCUCUCUCAGAAAGAGGACACACUCAAGAAGGAAAUCGAGGCUUUGAAGUCCCAGUUAGAACAGGGGGAGGAGAAGACCUCCAAGACGAAACAGCUGCUGGUGAAGACCAAGAAGGACUUGGCUGAUGCCAAGAAACAGGAGAGCUCCCUCAUGAUGCUGCAGGCCUCUCUGAAAGGAGAGCUCGAGGCCAACCAGCAGCAGCUAGAAAGCACCAAGAUAGAGGUGUGUGAUCUGACAGCAGAGCGCCAUCGUCUUCAGGAGCAGCUGAGGUCUGCACUGGAACAGCAACAGAGAACCAGCAGCUCCCUGCAACAACAAAUCAAUGGCCUGCUGAAAGAGAGAGAUGAUGCGAAGGCUGAGCUUGUGGCAACAACAGGCGAGUUUGAGAGUUACAAGGUGCGAGUUCAUAACGUCCUCAAACAGCAAAGGAGCAAAAGCACCACGCAGAGUGACGGUGAUUCUGGCAAACAAGAGAGAGAGCAGUUGUUCUCUCAGAUGGAGCAGUUGAAGUCCAGGCUGGCAGAAAGCCAUCAGAGCCUUCAGAGCAGCACGGCAGAGCUGCAGCAGCUCCAGACUGAACAUGACACUCUUCUGGAGAGACACAAUAAAAUCCUCCAAGAAACUGUCAGCAAGGAGGCAGAACUCCGUGAAAGGCUGCUGUCAGUGCAGUCAGAAAAUGUUUCCCUGCGGUCUGACCUGUCCCAGGUUCAGGCUGACCUCUUGUCUCAGGUCGAGGCCCAGCGCCAGACGUACAGGGAGCAGCUGAGGAAGCUGCAGGACGAUCACCGAGCCACUGUGGAGACCCUGCAAAGCCAACUCACCCGUGUUGAGGAGCAACUGUUCACCCUGCAGAGCCACAACAGUGGAGUAACGGUGCAUUCCGUUCGUAAACCUCUGGCAUCGGAUACCCGCAGAAAUACAGAUCAAAACCAGUCGGGACUGGGACUGAUGUCCCUGAACGACCUUCAGUCUAUGGCCAGGGAAGAGGGUGAGGGUAUGGAGACAACUGAAAGUGAAAGCCCCUCUCCUGCACUUGCAUCUCUUCCCUCUCUAGAGCAGCUUCUCACGUCUCCGGAUCCCAAACAAGAGCCAUUUGUGUGGUCGGUGGAGCCAACCAAAGAAGAACUAAGUCAAAAGCUGAGCACAGCAACCCGCAGCAUGGAACAUGUCAACAGCCUGCUUCAUGAAACCGAGGCCACCAACGCUGUUCUCAUGGAGCAGAUCACUCUGUUGAAAAGUGAAUUGCGUCGCCUUGAGCGAAACCAGGAGAGGGAGAAGAGUGUGGCUAACCUGGAAUAUCUGAAGAAUGUCCUGCUGCAGUUUAUCUUCCUGCAAUCUGGCAGUGAGAGGCAGGCACUUUUGCCGGUUAUUCACACCAUGCUGCAGCUCAGUCCAGAGGAGAAAAGUAAACUGGCUGCUAUUGCACAAGGUACGGUGGAGGUGUCCGGGGCUCGGGGCUCAGGCUGGUCCUCGUAUUUACACAGCUGGUCCGGAAUUAAAUAAACUUGACCAUCGACAGAUCAACAAAAACAAUAGUGCUCAGGCCUUACUGGGCCUUUUCUGUGAAAACUGCACCAGGCUGCGAUGUUGUGCACUUAAAACAAUUUAAUUUGCUUGGAGGUUAACUGGGGUGUUUGGUACAGAACAGAAUGGACCAAUGAAUGUUUGAAGAAAAGACUGUGAUGGUAUCGGGGGGUAGGGACGAAAUCAAAAACAUUUGGAAUGGUUACAUGAGUCUCUUGUCAAUGAUUGUCAAGCUAGCAUAUUCUGUCUUCCAUAAUCAUUCAACUGAAAUGUACUUUAAUAUAUAACAGUUGCUGGGCAUUAUUACAUUUACUUGAAGUGGACCUCAAGGCAUCUGAAAGCUAUGAUCAUUUUGUGAAUGGGGUGGGUAUAUGAUGUUGUAAGAGCAACAUUGUAUAAUGUGGGCAUAUUAUGGUAUGGAGGUAGUAAUCAUCUGUUCAAAUGGCAUAAUGUGAGUAUGAUAUUCAGAUGUUUGGUUGUUGUGCCUCUGAUGUGCUUGUACUGGGAAGCACAGUACACAUGAAGGACUUAACUCGCAUUUUAGCUCUUUUGGGCAAAUUAAGACAUUUGCUUUAAAUUUUUUUCUGUUUUAGGUGCAUGUUCAAGUGUAGAAGGCUGAAAAUGUAGCCCUUUUUAAAAUCUUAUAUGCCUUCUUGUACUAACAGUUUUUCUGGAAGGUAAAACGAUACACGAGGAAACCUCUACGCUUGUGUGCUUUGGAAAACAGUCUGCAGUAUGUGUGAUUGAGUCGGUGAACUAAAACACACUGUUCCACUAGUGUGGUCCAUUUGACUCUGUCGUUAAAUCACUUAAAGUACAAAGAGAUUCACAUCAAACAUUAUCGGACUCACUUUAUCAACAUAACUGAUAAAAAAAAACAAUAUUACCUGCACUGACUGUGCAGUUGUUCCAUUCACUGUUGUCUUAAAUCAGAGGAAGUUGAAACUUCCAUUCAUUGUUUGCUGUAGAAAUUAAUAGUAUGUGAGUUUUGUUCAGUUUUCUGUGUAAUUAGUUUUUGUCUGGGUUUUGUGUGUGGUUGUUAUUAAUGUAUACAAAGCUAUGUUAAUGAGUUCUAUCCUCAGUUUUGGAAAUCCUUUAUGGUUUUGUUGUGUUGAUGUUAAACCACACCUGAGCAUGAGAGAUUUGUUGCAACUUUAUGUGAAGGCAGCUGUUCAGUCCUCGUGUUACUUUAAGCACAUCCACCCCUGCUGAAGUGUCCUUGAGAAAGACGAUCUGACCUCCCUGUUGAACCUGAGGGGAAUUAUGAUUUCACUCAGAAAUCCAAACACGCAUCCACACACUUCUCCUUCCAAUGAUGAUGAGAACUAGCCUGUUCACUAUCUCAUUCCACUGGCAGCUUUUAAUGGAAUUAAUUCAGCACGAGUGAAUGUAUUUUUAUUAAAGGCUUUUAUAUUAACGAAGGUUUGUUUGCAGAAGCUAAGAAUAAAAUCAUACCUAUAAAAUAUUAUAGAGUGAAGUCCUGAGCUUUUGCUGUAUGUUAACUAUUCCCUAGCACACACAGUGCUCAGGUUUAUGUUGAAAUUGUAUAUGAGGCGACCGCUAAUUUCAGAGUUUUUGUGGUUCAUUAUUUACUGUAAACAAUAAUAAAAUUCAACAUUGAUCAGAA